CUAGUUUUUAGUUUUUUUUUUUUGUGACGAAAAAAUGAAAGUUUUUGAUAGUGUUUUGUUUUUGUGUGCAAUUUUGGGUACUGUGAGCGGAGGAGUGUUACGAAAUGAUACCUUUACACUUGACAUAGUGCAUUAUAAUGAUUUCCACGCCAGAUUCGAAGAGACCUCAGUGAAAGACACAGUAUGCAAGACAAACGACACAGCGUGCCUAGGCGGCUUCGCAAGACUGUACUACGAGAUCAAACACAUAAUCAACCAGAAACCUGAUUCCCUCCUCUUGAACGCUGGAGAUGACUUCCAAGGCACAUACUGGUACACUCUGCUGAAGGAUAAAGUGACGUCUACUUUUAUUAAUAUGCUGCCAAAUGAUGCUCAUACUCUAGGCAACCACGAGUUCGACGACGGGGUAGCAGGCCUAGUACCCUACCUGAAAGCACUAAACGACCCAGUAGUGGUCGCUAACUUGGACGUCACUCUGGAACCUUCUCUGCAGGGCCUGUUCCAGCCUCAUGUGGUUUUGGAAAGAAAUGGCAGGAAGAUCGGCAUCAUCGGAGUUACUACACCGGAUACUAAAGAUUUAUCAAACCCGGAAGGCGUUAAAUUUCUGGACCCGAUCCCUAUAGUCCAGAGGGAAGCCAAGCUGUUGACUGAACAAGGAAUUGAUAUUAUCAUCGUGCUAUCCCAUUGUGGAAUUUACGUUGACAAAGCAAUGGCGAAAGCAGUCGGUGAAAACGUGGAUAUCAUAGUUGGUGGCCACACUCACAGUCUUCUCUGGAAUGGACCUGCUCCCAGCCAUGAAGUUGUUCUCGGCAGCUACCCAGAGUUCCAAGAAGCUGACAACAGACCGGGGCAUAAGGUCCUCGUUGUAACAGCGUCAGCAUACAGCAAAUAUUUGGGACAUAUCGGUGUCAAUUUCGACUCAAAUGGGGAAGUAGUAUCUUAUGACGCCGAGCCAGUGUUUUUGAACAGAAGUAUUCCUGAAGAUCCCAACAUAAAAGCACUUUUGAAGCCUUACAUGGACCAGAUACACAGGACCAUAAACGGGGUGGUUGGAACCGCCACUGACGAGUUAACCAUGUGUGGUGUGGAAGAGUGUCCGCUUGGAGACAUCAUUGCGGAAUCUUUCUUGGAUGUGGCAAGGCAGAAAGCUCCAUCAAAUUUGACAUCUAUCUCAUUUAUUUUCAAUAAAAUGAUACGGACUUUUAUUGGCAAAGGAGAUAUAACCCAAGGUGACUUGAUGAACGUACUACCUUUCGGCAGCGCGAUACUCUCUUACACGAUACAAGGAAAAUAUGUAAAACAGGAGCUAGCAGAAUGCUUGAAAAAUAAUCCACAUAAUUUGCCACAAGUGGGAGGUUUGAAACUAACUAUAAAUACAACGAGCAAUGUCAUAGAUUCAAUUUUAGCCAAAGAAGGGGAUGAAUGGAAACCGAUGGAAGACGAAAAAGAAUACCAGGUCGUUACGCCACAAUUUGUGAAGGAUAAAUCUACGCAUUUAAACACCAACGCCAAAGAUGUAGUAAACAUGGGUAAAGAUUGGGAGGCUUUGUUGAACUACGUCAAAAAAAUCACCAUUGUCAAUUCCUCGGUAGACGGGCGACUACAAAUCAUAAGCUAAAUUUAAUUAUGACUAUUUAGCUUUUUAAUAAGGGGCAAACGUUGACAUAUAUAUUACCACAGACUACAUAUACACGACGUUGUCAUACAUUAAAAUGCGACCGCUUAAAAGCAUGCCAAUAAUAGGUGCCGCCAUUGAAAACUCUCUGUUGCGCUCACUAGAUUGUAGAUGGCAUUAAGUGGCACUUUCGAGUCAUAAAUCUUUUAGAGAGUCUGUGGUAUUCCUUCGUAAGGACGUAACCUACGGGCACUAAAAAUGAUGCUAGUACCUACAGUGGCGAGCAUUGUGCACCAAUCCCUGCCAAGCGGUUAACCUACGCGACCAAUCGAGCGCGCGAUGUGUUCGCAUCAACUAAUCGCAUUACAGAGUUCCACCAAAACGCAUCAAUCGAGAACUUUCAGUCAAAAACAUGUGAAUUGCCUUUAAAAUAUUUCGGCGCAAAUAAAAUAAACACGAAAUUCUCAACUUAUGGCGUAGUAAAAAAAUCACCAACCAUCAACAGCUUACUUUUCACACUUCAAUUAAAAAUGAGUGUUGUUUCCAGCUUUUAAACACCAAUGCAAAAGAUGUUAGUCAAUUGGGCGAAGAAGCCGAAGUGUUCACGAAAUAUGUGAAAAAAGUAACGCCUCUGAUACCCAAGUGUGAUAGGAGGCUUAUAGUUCAAAUUUGAAUGUGAUACUUAUUUUAAGGUUAAUAAAAUCAAUGACUGUCUCAUUUUAGAGGCAGAUUAUACUUACAGAA